AUGUUUGCCGCUGCUAGAAUCCAGAGGCGCGCCUUUUCGGCCUCGGCCAGAGAUCGCCCUGCCUAUCAAGCUCGCCUGCUGACCUGUGACCUCUUCUCCCUCGUACAGCUCUCCAAGGUCACCGUUCUCGGUGCCGCCGGUGGCAUUGGCCAGCCUCUCUCCCUCCUCCUCAAGCUCAACCCCAGAGUCUCCGAGCUCGCCCUCUAUGAUAUCCGCGGUGGCCCUGGUGUCGCCGCCGACAUCUCCCACAUCAACACCAAGUCGACCGUCACGGGCUACGACCCGACCCCGACCGGCCUCAGCGCCGCCCUCAAGGGCUCCGACAUCGUGCUGAUCCCCGCCGGCGUCCCCCGCAAGCCCGGCAUGACCCGCGACGACCUGUUCAACACCAACGCCUCCAUCGUCCGCGACCUGGCCAAGGCCUGCGCCGAGUCGUGCCCCGAGGCCAACAUCCUCGUCAUCUCCAACCCCGUCAACUCGACCGUGCCCAUCUGCGCCGAGGUCUUCAAGGCCCGCGGCGUCUACAACCCCAAGCGCCUCUUCGGCGUCACCACCCUCGACGUCGUCCGCGCCAGCCGCUUCGCCUCCCAGAUCAAGAAGACGGACCCGGCCGACGAGAACAUCCCCGUCGUCGGCGGCCACUCGGGCGUCACCAUCGUCCCCCUCUUCAGCCAGACCAGCCACCCGGACCUGUCGGCCGACGCCGAGCUCGUCCACCGCGUCCAGUUCGGCGGCGACGAGGUCGUCAAGGCCAAGGACGGCGCCGGCAGCGCCACCCUGUCCAUGGCCAUGGCCGGCGCCCGCUUCGCCGAGUCCCUGCUGCGCGCCUCCCAGGGCGAGAAGGGCGUCGUCGAGCCCACCUUUGUCGACAGCCCCCUCUACAAGGACCAGGGCAUCGAGUUCUUCUCCUCCAAGGUCGAGCUCGGCCCCAACGGCGUCGAGAAGAUCCUGCCCGUCGGCAAGAUCGAUGCCAACGAGCAGAAGCUGCUCGACGCCUGCAUGGGCGACCUCAAGAAGAACAUUGAGAAGGGCGUCGCCUUUGUCGCCCAGAACCCCGGCAAAUAA